AUGAUUAAUGAAGAUCGCCUGCAUCGGGAAAAGCAAGAAAAGUUGAACGAGCUGGAAACUGCGGUGUACGUACACCGCGACGGCCUCGCGGGGCCCCUCAGCCUCUUCGCCUCCGAAAAUGAAAAACAAAAAUUAAUUAAAGUUUUGGAAGAAGUGGAGAAUUGGGUGUACGAACACCAGCAGGACCCGCAGCUCACCAAAGCAGCAAUUGCUGCGCAGCUGCAGCAGCUUGCUGCUGCAGCGCAGCCGCUGCAGCACCGCCAGCAGCAGCAGCAGCGCCGCCUCGCCGCAGCAGACAAACUCCGCGCCACCAUUCAGGAGUGCCGGCACACAGCAACAGCAGCAGCUCCAGAAUUUGCCCAUAUUGAGCAGCAAGUGCUGCAGCAGCUGCUGCAGGCAGCUGAAGCAGACGAGGCCUGGCUCAACAGAGUGAUGCAAGAAGCUGCUGCGCAGCCGCCAACAGAAAACCCCACAGUUUUGGCAGAGACAAUUGAGCAAAGAAACUCCGAUCUUUUUGCACUUUUGAACAAGAUCUGCUCCACUCCCAAACCCAAACCCUGCUGCUGCUGCUGCUGCUGCUGCUGCUGCUGUGCUGCUGCUGUGCUGCUGCUGCUGCUGCUGCUGUGCUGCUGCUGCUGCUGCUGCUGUGCUGCUGCUGCUGCUGCUGUGCUGCUGGUGCUGCUGCUGCUGUGCUGCUGCUGCUGCUGUGCUGCUGCUGCUGCUGCUGCUGUGCUGCUGCUGCGCUGCUGCGGGUUGCUGCUGGCAGCAGUUAGUUGCUGCUGGCUGCUGCUAGUUGCUGCGUGGUGCUGCUAG